AUUAAUGGCCACAGCCGCAUUGUUCCUUGGAUUCUCAUCAAAAGAGUACCCGUAUGUCUACCUCCUGUACCCCGGUAUGAUCCUUGUCGGCAUGUGCGCUAACAUCACUCUUCUCGCAAAUAUAACGGUUGGAAACUUAUUUGGAUCCCGGAGGUCAACAGUCAUCACUGUCAUAUCUGGUGCCUUUGGUUCUGCUCCUAUCACCUUCCUUGUGCAAAAGUUGCUGUACGCUCACUUAGGUGUGCCCUUUCAACACAUGUGUGUCGCCCUAGCCUGUCUGUGUGUCCCGUCACUGUUGGCCACCUUUACUCUCUUCCCGAAGUACAAGUUCCUUCCGAACUCACAACGGGAGGACAGGAACGACUCUCAGGAAACAGAGAAGCUGCAAAAAGAAAACAGUAGUGAAGAGGAGAGUGAAUCUGAAACACGGACGAAAGAGACAUUCAUGCAGGUUGUGACGUCACGACUGUAUCUCCUCCACCUUGUGUACAUCAGCAUCAUGAACUUGAACGUCAUCAUCCUGGUCGGCACCGCUAACAUCUGGUUCAACCUGGUGACAGGAAAUAACAACGCACAGGUGAGCUUCUGGACAGACGUGUUUGGGGUAUUCCAGGUGUUGAAUGUGUUGAUGUCUCCACUCUGUGGGUUCGUCUAUGACCUGGGACUUAGAGGACAUAAGUCUGAAGGUACGUAUACCUCUUGUAUACUGUCUUACCCUACAGCUGAAUAUAAUUAAAAGAUAUCAUCAAUAAUAUUCCAGUCAACAUUUCUGUGAAAUUUCAAGGAUAGGGCGCGUGUUGAACUAUGUACUACACCAAAGAAUCCUCGCACAGAGCAACACUGCAUCGCGAUGUUAGCCAUAGUACAAUCCUGGUUUAUAGCUAGUUUAAUACCUCCGGUUCACCCACCAACUGUCGGAGCAGACAAAAACUAACCAGGAUAUGGUACCCAAACUAACAGGAUGGAAAGGAUACUCAGAUGCACUCACCGAUGGGACGUUACUAACCAAUGGGGUGAUCAAUGAGGAAAUAGGUGCAAAAUCAAAGGGUUUCCAACCUGGACCUGUCAAUUGUAGAUCAACAACCCGAACCACAAGACGACAUUAUUGCCUUUACUACUAU